CACAAAUAAAAGGUGGGCUGACUAGACAAAUCUGAAUGGGCAUUUUAAAAAAUUUUCUCCCCUCUCUGCCUUUUCCUUCUUUCCCAUCGAACACUUCCUUCAAAUCCAAACAAAUACACCCUCUCAAAUUUAUAUUCCACUGUUUUUGGCUUCUCAGCUAGUCAUUGCAGCAAAUAUUUACAAUUCCGUCUCAACAAAGCUAAAAACUUGAGUUAUUACGGCUUACCUUCUUGUUUGAAGAAAAUUCAGGACCCAAGUUUGGUGCAAUUUGCCAUGGAGAAUGAAACUUAUCUAACUUGGGAAGUUGGACAAUUGGCUGAAGCAAGGUCUUUUGAGCAAGGUUUUCGUGGUGCGUGGUUUCGGUGCAAGAUUACAGGGGUUUGUGAGACAAAUGGGCGCAUUGAACGUGUCCAUUUAAAAUAUUAUGACUACGUUGAUGAUAAGCCAACAUGGUUGAAGCUAUAUCAGGUGACCUCAAAAAAAUAUAAAGAAUUGAUGCUGCGGCCAUGUUACCCGCCAAUUUAUAAUGCGAAGAAAAGGCUUCAUGCUAGUGCAAUUUCAGAGGUGUCAGUAAUUUUUGAUGGCUCAUGGAAGAUUGAGCUAAAACCACCACCACAUGGCGAAGGUGAAGUUUAUGUGGCUAAACUCAAGGAUGUGCGUCCAUCUUUAGAUUGGUCUCCAGAAUAUGGCUGGACAAUGCCUAAAAAGGAAGGUGAUAGUGGUCGCCCUAGUGCUUGGCUUUUUAAACCUAAAAAACCAGGUGCUGGAGAACCUAAAAACCCGAAUACCCUUAGUUUGGGUGAAGAAACCAAGGUUGUAUCGGAUGAUGAGAUGAAGAGCACCGAAACUAAGGACACCAAUAAUAUAUCUUCACAACCUAAGGCUCCUGAAAAAACAAAAAGGACUAAGAAGAAGAGGGAAGAUUAUGAUGAUGAUAGCAAGACCGAGUCUGGGCAGGCUAAAACUGAGCCCAAGCCAGAUGGUGCUGACAAGGACAAUCUUGAUUCAGGCGAAGAUAAGAAAGGUAAAGGAGAGUUAGUUCUGAAUUCGGCUCAUUUUGAUACUCUAGAAGCUGCAGUUAUGGACUUGGAGGAGUAUUUAAACAAGGUGAAAUGGCUAAAGAUUGUUUUGGAACAAGGGAUUUUGCCUCCGGAUGACAAGAGUCAGUGGCAGUUUGUGGAGCCUCUUGUGGAUAAUGAUGCCACUAAAUGAUUCUGUAGAUAAAGUAGGAUUACGUCUCUGGAAUUUGGUUAAGUGUGUUUGGUUAGUGUAUCGCAUGCAUUUUAAAAUAAGAAAAAAAAAAAAAAUCUCAUUUGCUAUUGUGUUUCGUGUUCAGGGUGUGAGAUGAAUGCGAUUUCUCGUACAUUUUUUGUGGGCUUCUGAACACCUGGUUGAAAUGAGGGGAUGAGUUGGUAAAAUUACUUUGAAAUAUUAGCCUGUAAAUAUAAAGAUAACUAAAUAAUACGCUAUCUUUAACGCUCCGAAUUUGUAUUCUGAUAACUGGAUUUGUGAUUUUCCUUUUCAUUUGCUACACAAAAGAAGAGGCAA